AGCAAAAUUGUCAAAUUUUGGUAGAUAUGGCUAGCGAUGAGUUCAGGCUGGUAUCACCUGCAAUAAACCAUGAAGGAAGGUUGCCUAGGAAGUACACAGACGAAGGUCAAGGUGCAAAGAAAAACUUGUCUCCACCACUUGAAUGGUACAACGUGCCUGAGGGAACCAAGACCCUAGCCCUUGUGGUGCAAGAUAUUGAUGCACCAGACCCCAAUGGUCCAAUUGUGCCAUGGACUGUUUGGGUUGUGGUGAACAUUCCUCCAACCUUGAAGGGUCUACCUGAGGGGUUUUCAGGGAAAGAAGAGGAAAUGGAAGGUGACUAUGCUGGGAUCAAAGAAGGGGUCACUGAUUUGAAAGUGCCUGGAUGGCGAGGACCCAAGUUGCCUUCUCAUGGUCAUAGGUUCGAGUUCAAACUUUAUGCAUUGGAUGAUGAGGUGCACCUUGGUAAUAAGGUCACGAAGGACAAGCUGUUGGAGGCGAUUGAAGGGCAUGUGCUGGGAGAGGCGGUCUUGGUGGCCAUUUUCUAAGAGGAAAAGUAUUACUUUGGACGCAACAAUAACAUUUACUAAUAUGCUCUUCGAAUGUGAAAUUAAUUAGUAUCAGUUUUGUAAAGUUCGCAUUUUCUCUUGCAGAUGUUGUUGGUUUCGUUUUUGACAUUUUAGAAAUCGCAGUCUCUAGAUCUUACAGAUACUGGCGUUUUAUACGACUAUAUAUACUCUUUUUAACUCGUGUAAUUGCGAUUUGGCUCGAUUUGCUGCGACUCUUGUCGAGCUUAUACUCUAGCCCAAUAAUGUAUUUCCCAAUAAUGUUGUUGUUGUU